UAACUAGAUAGCGAGGGACAGUCGUCCGCUUACUCGCCAUAUCGCCUGCUGGCUCCACGACACAUAGCAAGGAGACAAUGGAAUUUGCACGGGACUCCCAACUGGUCUGUGUGUGUCUCAUGCUAAUGUUUGGAGGAGUACUCGCAAAGUCUCUGACGUCAUUAGAGUUGGAGUCGCCGUGUCCGAGGGAGUGGCUGUACGUCGGCAGCCAGCGCUGUGCCUAUGUCAUCCCGUCUGAUAUCCCAAACAGGGAACUCAACAUAUUUUGCCAAGUUCAAUUUGAAAGUCAGUUCCUACUCCUAGAAGAUAAACCCGUGUGUAUUAAAAGUUCAGAAGACGACAACUUAAUAUAUGCCCCUGAAGACUUGGAAACGUCACAAGCUAGCAGAAGGAAUAGAUUAUUCAAGCGAGUUUCUUAUCCAGUGUUCGGCAACGCUGGAAUCGGACGCUGACGUCGCCAUGGUGACCCACACGUCAAGGCCGAUAACUAUGGCUGAACGAGAGGAAGAAAAUGGCGACGAAUGUUGAACGAUGCUGUGUAAUUAGAAGUAAAUAAAAGUUUUAAAAAAA